AUGGCGGCAGAUCAACACCCAAGAAAAGAAAUACUGGAGAAGGCUAUUCUUGGAUACCUAGAGAACAACAACGAUAUCUCAAACUUGGAACAGUUUGCAGAACAGUUGGCAGCCGAAAACAAAAGCGAAAUCAAUCACAACGACAUUGACAGUGCCAUCAAGAGCCUCCGUGGUUUCGGAUACAUUGAGACUCACGACAUUAGAAAGGAGUCAUGGGUGCUGACUGAAGAAGGAAAGGGAUAUGCUGCUGCUGGAUCACCUGAAGUGCAAGUGUUUUUGGCCAUACCAGCAGAAGGUAUCACACAAGUAGCAUUGAAGAAAAAGCUUGACGAGUCAGUUUUCCAGAGAGGUUUUGGUCGCGCUGCAAACAACGAAUGGGUAGAGAUAUCAAAGAAACUAAUAACCAGAAAGGUUCAGCAUGUAGAUGACAAGGUCAGAGAAUUGCUUAUGAAAAUACAUGCCAAUGAGGCAGUCGACCAAGCUGAAAUUGAGGCUCUAAAGAAAAGGGAACUCAUCCAGAAGCAGACUCAAAAGGGAUACUCGCCGGUUAAAAAGGGUCCAAAUUAUGCUCCGGUAAGAAAGAAAUUUGUUACCGAUCUGACUCGUGAAAGUUUGCAGAACGGGGAUUGGAAGGAAUUGGAAUUCAAAGAGUUCAACUUGAAUGCUCAAGGUAUGCCUAGUAAAUUUGGUGCAUUACAUCCACUCUUGAAGGUAAGGAAGCAAGUGAAGGAUAUUUUCAUACAGAUGGGGUAUGAGGAGAUGGCUACUAACAACUAUAUUGAGAGCAGCUUCUGGAACUUCGACGCGCUCUUCCAGCCCCAGCAACACCCUGCCCGCGAUUCACAUGAUACAUUCUUCCUGAGAACCCCUUCAACUACCAAGGAGCUUCCUGAAGAUUAUGUUGAGCGCGUGAAGCGUGUGCACGAGAGUGGUGGUUAUGAGUCCAGGGGAUAUGGUUGUAAUUGGAAAAGAGAGGAAGCAGAGAAAAAUCUUCUUAGGACACACACCACUGCUGUCUCCUCCAGGAUACUUUACUUGCUAGCCAAGGAAGCCCAGCAACCUCCUUUUGCUCCCAAAAAGUACUUCUCUAUUGAUCGUGUGUUCCGAAACGAAUCAGUCGAUCGAACACAUCUUGCAGAGUUCCACCAAAUAGAAGGUUGGAUAUGUGACCGAGGGCUUACUCUUGGUAACUUGAUGGGAGUCCUCGAAGACUUCUUCAAGAGGCUGGGCAUGUCCAAGCUGAAAUUCAAGCCAGCUUAUAAUCCUUAUACUGAGCCUAGCAUGGAGAUUUUCGGGUAUCAUAAGGGUUUUCGGAAGUGGGUGGAGAUUGGAAAUUCUGGCAUGUUCAGACCAGAAAUGUUGCGUCCUAUGGGAUUCCCAGAAGAUGUUGAGGUUAUUGCAUGGGGCCUCUCGCUCGAAAGACCAGCCAUGAUACUCUACGAGAUCGAUAACAUUCGAGAAAUGUUUGGACAUCAAGUUGAUCUUGGUUUCAUCAAGAGAAACCCAAUAUGCCGCCUUGGAUUGUCUCAUAAUAUCGAAUGA